AUGCUUGAUGCUUUACUACCGCAAAAGAAAGUGCACAGAAGGGAUGGUGUUUGGUUGAAGAGGAGUUUGGAGGUGAUUCCUUGGGUCUGGGGUAUGGCAUCCCGUUCCUAUCGCAGGAUUGCUUCCUAUCUUAAUCCAAAUUCUCCAUUUCGUGAUAUCAGGACUUACGCAAUCUACUGUGUAUCUUUUCGGCCUUGCCCACAAACCAAUAACAAGGCUAGAAAACCUGCGACUCCCUCACGUCCACAACGCUCUGAUGUUAGUGCCGAAGGAAUACUUAUAACUGGUAACAAUGCAUUAACAAUACUUGUUCUCCACGUCAUAACACCAUCUCUCUCCUCACCAUUUAGCCAGUGUCAUCAUGAUGUAUAUGAAGAAAGUAAGGCAAAAGUUGGCAAUAAAGCGUAUGAUAAUGUUAUGUGUCAUGAUCCAGUUCCAUCCAGAGAAAUACCAACGUUUAAAAAAUCAAAAGAAUGCUUGUGCGACCUAACCAACCUCGAUCUUCUCGCGGAAGAACAGAACACAACUAGAGGCAGUAAGAGUGGAAGGAAGAGUGGCAAUGAGGACCCAUCGGCGGAUUCAUUGCCAGCGAUUAUGCCCUUGUACUUCUCCCUUCCGGUUUGGCGGGGCACUGAGACAUUUACGGCGGAAAAGAAACAAAAGGAUUAA